AUGGAACAUAAUGAGCUUCUCCUUCUCCGCCACGACAAAUUUGUCCCUGUAAGAGUUGAGAUUGCUCAAAACAAAGGCGUCCAGUAUCUUUUAAUUGACAAAAAGCCACGUAUUGAUUUGUCAUUUGCUUUGGUAAGCAGAAACGUUGAAGUUUGUGUCGAACUGUUAAACGUUGACAAAUCACUCUGUUUCGAGAUUGUGUAUGACAAGCAAUUUGUCUUUCUUUGCCAGAACGACGCAAUUUAUAAGGAAUGGAUUUCUAAGCUCGCUCAGGUCGCACAUACUUGGGGCGUCUUCGGAUACCCAAUCGAAUGUGCAGUCAAAAAGUCAUCCUGGCGAUUCCCUAUACCUCUUUUUCGUUCUAUACAGUAUCUUAUCGAAAACGACGCUCAACACAUGGAAGGCAUUUUCAGAACGAGCGCAUCAUAUGCCGCUUUACAAAAGGUCGAACAAAUACUUGACCGCGAUUCGGAUGUUGACAUGAGUACUUUCGAAGAGAAGAGAGUCGCUGCAUCGUUACUCAAAGACUACUUACGACAACUCCCUGAACCGUUAAUACCAUAUAACGUUUAUGACGAAUUCAUUGCGCUGCCGAAAGAGCAAAACCCCGAAAUCUCGGGAAAAAACAUGGUUGAAAAGAUCCCGAUUAUCAACCAGGACUCGUUGUGGGUAGUGUGUAGUUUUUUGGUACUUGUCAUCCAAAACAAAGAUGUGACAAAGAUGAACGAGAACAACAUCGCGACAUGCUUUGGAUUGACUUUAGUCAGACCACCCCCACAAAAUAACAUCGACGAGAUGACGCAUGUAAAGGGAGCGCUUGCUGCAUUUGAGGUGUUUAUAAGGAACGCGGAAAAGAUAUUUGAGAGUGUAAAAGAGCGGAACAUAAAACUUGGUAUUGAUUUUCCGAAAUACCCAUGCGUCAUUCCACACCCCAAAAUUCCCUUUUAUAAACUAGCCGCAAAGAUAAAGAGAGAGACAGACACCACACCAUUAAUUAAUCUUGGGAUCAAAAAAUCAAAUGACGCUGAGAAUAUCUUACAAUCUGUUCAUAACGAGGCAGAUGAAGCGAAAUACAGAGAGGCCGAAGAACUGAAUCAACAAAAGAGUUUGAAGGAUGAAAUCACUGAUUCAAAAAUGGGUAAGUUCUUGGGUAAUGUAAACGGCAAAUUUAAGACGUUGGUUGGACAGGGCGAAAAACAAAAGGAGAGUUCGAGUGAAAGGAAAGACAGGACAUGGCCUCUCUGGUUCUUCGAAAAGGAAGAGAAGGAGGAGGUGAAAGACGACAACGCGGAGUUGUGCCGAGCGGUCACUUUGCAACAAAUCAACACAAUCGAAGACUUGAAGCGUGAACUUGAAAAGGUCAAAACAGAACUUAGCAAUGUUAAGAGAGAGCGCGACGAACUUAAAGACGCCAAACGAGAGCGCGACGAAUUGAAAAAGAAGUACGAGCCUGAUACAUUCGUCGAAGAGGCUGACAACUCCGGAAAUGACUCUUCCGAUGAUGCUUCUGACGACGAAUACUCUCCUGUAAAAAUUGGAAAAUGA